AGCCUACAGGGCAAGCUCUCUUCCUCACCACCAGAAUGUCAGUGGUGCGCAGGAAGUUCGGCGAUGAAUACCAGGCCGUGGUGGGCACGUCGGCGAGGCGGAAGCGCCAGCGCUUUGUGGACAAGAACGGCCGCUGCAACGUCCAGCACGGCAACCUGGGCAGCGAGAACAGCCGCUACCUGACGGACCUCUUCACCACCUUAGUGGACCUCAAGUGGCGAUGGAACCUGCUCAUCUUCCUGUUGACCUACACGGUGGCCUGGCUGGUCAUGGCCUCCAUGUGGUGGGGGAUCGCCUACUUGCGAGGAGACCUGGACAUGCACCACGGGCACAGCCCCGGGCACAACCCCUGUGUGGCCAACGUCUACAACUUCCCCUCGGCCUUCCUCUUCUUCAUCGAGACAGAAGCGACCAUCGGCUACGGGCACCGCUACAUCACCGAGCGCUGCCCUGAGGGCAUCGUGCUCUUCCUCUUCCAGUCGCUUCUGGGCUCGGUGGUGGACGCCUUCCUCAUUGGCUGCAUGUUCAUCAAGAUGUCCCAGCCCAAGAAAAGAGCUGAGACUCUCAUGUUCAGCCGCGCUGCGGUCAUCUCCAAGCGAGAUGGGAAGCUAUGCCUCAUGUUCCGCGUGGGGAACCUGCGCAACAGCCACAUGGUCUCGGCCCAGAUCCGCUGCAAACUUAUCAAGUCACGACAGACGCCAGAAGGUGAAUUUCUGCCACUAGACCAAUGCGAGCUCGAUGUUGGAUUCGGAACUGGGGCCGACCAACUGUUCCUCGUUUCUCCUCUCACCAUCUGCCAUGAAAUCAACGAAAAGAGCCCUUUUUUUGCCCUCUCACAGAGAUCGCUACGGAGCGAGCAGUUCGAGAUUGUCGUUAUCCUGGAAGGCAUCGUCGAAACUACAGGGAUGACUUGCCAAGCCAGGACCUCCUACACAGAAGAUGAAGUCCUCUGGGGCCACCGGUUCCUCCCUGUGAUGUCGCUGGAAGAUGGUUUCUUCCGCGUGGAUUACUCUCAGUUCCACGGAACGUUUGAAGUCCCCACUCCGCCCUACAGCGUGAAGGAGCAGGAAGAAAACCUCUCUCUCCCUUCGCCUUUGAACACCCCGACAGGGAGCAACAGAAGCCGGAGGGAAAAGAUCUCCUCCCUCGAUUGCCUCGAUUUUUUCGAAGAAAAAGGCAACAGGCUCCCCAGCAAAUUCCAGAAAAUCUGUUCCGGGAAACGGGAGCUCCACAGAGGAGUCCUUAGCCUCUGCUCCAGCAACGUGGAGAAAGCAUGUAGCACGGGAGAUCUGCUCAAAAUCCAGCAGAUCACCUCCGUCUGCGGCACCGAAGACGGGGGCGAGAAGCUGAUGUCGGCAGCCUUCAAAACCAAAUCGGAGCUGCUGGCUCGCUCCACCGGGAACCUCGAACUCCAGCAAAGGCCUCAAAACUUGCUCACCUUGGGAGCGGCGUUAGAUCAUGAGAAUUUGCCUGCCAAGCUGCGGAAAAUGAACUCAGGACACCUGUCCUAAAAGGGAGGAGAAGCCUAAAUGAGCUGCAGUUUUCAUUUUAAACUCCUGGAUUUCUCGGGUUACUACUGUGAAGACCCCCUGAGCUAUGCCCAUGCGCUAGCAAUGGCCGUCCAAUUUAAACGAGAAUUUUUUAAAAAAACACACAGAGAGCCCUUCAACCCACAACCCAUUGUAGUUAUGUAACAGGGGGUUGUCGGUUGCUUAAGUGGCAGUGUAAGUAAGAAGAAAAAAUCUCUUGAAGAUACUGUUGGGUCUUCUAAUCUCUUUUCCUUUCUAAAGCAUGCCUAUUUAGUACCAUUUCCUCUGACUUGCCCCUUUAAAGAAGCAAUUGUUCUAUAACAAGAGUACCUCUGAGUAUGUACAGAGGUCUGCUCUCUCAAGCAACUGCAGCGUGUCCUUGAACACCUAUGAAGCUACACAAAAGGGCCUGCUUUGUGGGCUUUUUAAAGAAGCUACGCACCAGCCACACCCCUCGGGAGCCUCUCAGGAACCCACAGAGAACUGCUGCUGUGCUGCAUGAGGCACCACCACCGAUAAGGCCCUGCCUCUGACAGACACACGUCUCGCUUUAGCUGAUAUGUGCAGCCGUUGUACACACAGGGAUUAAAUGAACAUGAUCCACAGGUGUAUGUCGAAAAGCACAGAACAAUCUAAAGGGGGGGAUUAUUACAGACCAACAUGGCUUCCUUUGUUUUUAUGUGCCUUGAAGAUUAUUGAAUCUAGCUGUUUAGAAACAAGAGCUACAGUGGAAUGAAGAUGGUUUUUCUACCACCUCAAGGGGGACUUGUUGAUGACCACGUGCCCUCCAGCCACUAGGUAACGCUACCAAAUUUAGCUUCACUUGACUUUAUCGCCUGAAAUAAAUUUCCGGCUUUGCUCAUAGGAAGACUGCCAUGCUCCUCUCCACCAGCUCAAUUCUCUGCCUUAGACGGAGACAGUGUGUUUCGCUUUUAAGGCCAGAGACAGGGUAACUGCUGGAUUUAGAAUUAACAGAAACUGGGUGGUUCCCCCAUUGCCUCUUUGUCUCUUGCAACACCUAGAAAAGGUUAAUCCAACCAAGCUUGCCAUCCUAAGACUGAAUCUAGGUGCAGAAAACUUGGGGCUAAGCCAAUAAUACGUCUCCUCUUCUUCUCUUUCCCUGCUCAUUUGACUGCUUUGCGUAGCAUCUCUUCCAAUGAAGGGUUUCUGGAGAACUUGAAAGCUCGCUCCCUAUUUUGUGGUUGGUCCUCCUAAAUAAAGGUCUUCUUGCCCGAG